AUGCUGAGGACCGAGGCCGGCGGGGCCGGGGGGUCCCCCUCGGCCGGGGGCGCGGCGGGGGCCGGGGGGCUGCGCAGCGCGUCCCCGCACCGGAACGCCUACGAGGCCACCAUCCAGGCCCUGGCGCCCACAAAGGAGGCCGAUGGCGAGGACGGCAAGAAGAGCCGCGGGAAGAAGUAUGGCUCCAACGUGCAUCGGAUCAAGAACAUGUUCCUGCAGAUGGGGACGGCGCCCGGCCCCGAGGGCGCCUGCGACCUGGCCAAGGCCAAGGAGAAGCCGGUGCGCCUGUCCCUGCCCCGAGCCGGCAGCCUCGGCGACAGCGUGGACCAGGGCAGCCUCCUCAAGCUGGGCACCAGCGUCUCGGAGCGCGUCAGCCGCUUCGACUCCAAGCCCGACAAACCCUUCUCCAAGCUGCAGGAGACCCGCAAGAUCUUCGAGAGGAGCCCGCAGGAGAAGGCCACCACCACCAAGCUGCUGCUGCGCAAGGAGCGCGCCGGCUUCCAGGACCGCAAGCUGGACGUGGUGGUGAGGUUCAACGGCAGCACCGAGUCCCUGGACAAGCUGGACGCGGACGCCGUGUCGCCCACCGUGAGCCAGCUCAGCGCCGUCUUCGAGAAGGCCGACCUGAGGAACAACCUGCACAAGGCGCAGGGCAGGGCCGCGCCGCUCAACGCCAAGGUGGUGGCCAAGAGGCCCAGGGUGUUCGCGCCCGGAGCAGAGACCGCACGCCCGGGCGAUGGCCACGCCGCCCCGGGCCGGGCACGGCCGCCCGACGAGGAGAAGGCGGCGGGGAAGAGCGGGCGGCCGGCGGAGAAGGAGGCGGCGGCCGCGCCGAGGGUGCAGGAGGUCUGCAAGAUCAAGCCCGUGGAGGUGGAGGAGAGCGGAGAGGGCGAGGAGGAGGAGGAGGAGGCGGCGGCAGUGGCGGGUGAAGCGGUGCCCGCGCCACAACCGGCCAAAGGGGACGAGGGUCCGGCGGCCGCAGCCCCCCGGCUGGACGGGGGCUCGGGGGUGGCCGCGGGCGAGGAGGGCGUCAAAGGCGAGCGGGCGGAGGAGGGCGAUGGCUCCGAGGAGGCCAAGAAGGAGGACUUCUCCGAGGCGGACCUGGUGGACAUAAGUGCCUACAGCGGGCUCGGGGAGGACUCGGGGGGCAGCGGGCUGGAGGAGGAGGAGGAGGCCGAAGGGCUGUACGAGCCCGAGUCGGGCUGCGUGGAGAUCCCGGGGCUGUCCGAGGAAGAGGAGCCCGUCCCCAACCGCAAGAUCCAGUUCAGCACGGCCCCCAUCCAGGUGUUCAGCACUUACUCCAACGAGGAUUACGACCGCCGCAAUGAGGACGUGGAUCCCAUGGCGGCCUCGGCCGAGUACGAGCUGGAGAAGAGGGUGGAGAGGCUCGACCUGUUCCCCGUGGAGCUGGAGAAAGACUCGGAAGGGCUCGGGAUCAGCAUCAUCGGGAUGGGCGCGGGGGCCGACAUGGGCCUGGAGAAGUUGGGAAUCUUCGUCAAGACGGUGACGGAAGGCGGGGCGGCGCACCGGGACGGCAGGAUCCAGGUGAACGACCUGAUCGUGGAGGUGGACGGCACCAGCCUGGUGGGGGUCACGCAGAGCUUCGCCGCCUCCGUGCUCAGGAACACCAAGGGCCGCGUCCGGUUCCUGAUCGGGCGGGAGAAGCCGGGCGAGCAGAGCGAGGUGGCGCAGCUGAUCCAGCAGACGCUGGAGCAGGAGCGGUGGCAGCGGGAGAUGAUGGAGCAGCGCUACACCCAGUACACCGAGGAUGACGAGGAGACCGGGGAAUACGCCACGGACGAGGAGGAGGAGAUGAGCCCCAUGUUCCCCAGCGGGGAGAUGGCCAUCGAGGUGUUCGAGCUGGCCGAGAACGAGGACGCGCUGUCCCCCGUGGAGAUGGACCCCGAGAAGCUGGUGCACAAGUUCAAGGAGCUCCAGAUCAAACACGCCGUGACCGAGGCUGAGAUCCAGCAGCUCAAGAGGAAGCUGCAGUGCCUGGAGCAGGAGAAGGCGCGCUGGAGGGCCGAGAAGGCCCAGCUGGAGCAGAGCGUGGAGGAGAACAAGGAGCGCAUGGAGAAGCUGGAGGGGUACUGGAUGGAGGCGCAGAACCUGUGCCAGGCCGUGGACGAGCACCUGAAGGAGACCCAGGCCCAGUACCAGACCCUGGAGCGCAAGUACAGCAAGGCCAAGCGGCUCAUCAAGGAGUACCAGCAGAAGGAGAUCGAGUUCCUGAAGAAGGAGACGGCGCAGCGGCGGGUGCUGGAGGAGUCGGAGCUGGCGCACAAGGAGGAGAUGGAGAAGCUGCAGGAGAAGAUCUCCGAACUGGAGGCCAAGCUGCAGACUUUGAAAAAUUCCAACCCGACCUAAACCACCCUCAAACCGCAGCGAUUCCGGC